AGGCAAGUUUUCUCCAGAUUAGACUGUAGUCUCUUCUGGGAGAGAAACUUCCCCUCGUUCCUCGUCUGGUCCAAUUCACUUUAACAAAUCAAUCAGAGAGGGAGGGGGAGAGAGAGAUGAGUUCUUCUUCACCUUCUUCUUCUUCGCCUCACCGUUCUCGUGGUGGUGGUGAUAAUGGUACCAGUAGCAAGGGCAAGGGUGAAGAUAGACCACGCUUCUUCGAUUCAAAAGCAAAGAGCAAUUGCUGGGCAAAGGCUGAUGUAGUGCCAGGUCGACACCCUGAGAGGUGGCGCAAAGACGCUGCUGGUAACGUUGUCUGUAAGCGCUUCUGCAACUGCCAGGGCUGCCUCUGCUUCGAGUACGAUCACAUAGUUCCCUUCUCCAAAGGUGGUGAAUCCACAGAAGACAAUUGUCAGAUUCUUCAAACAAGAGUGAACAGAUUCAAAUCAGACAAAGACCAGAUUGACAAGACUCAAUUGAAAGGUUACUCUUGUGAUGUCAAGUUUACAGAUAAGGAGCUUGACAUAAUUGAAAUGGCCGUGUACGGUGAUGUGAUUCGGCCAGGAAACCAGUGCCGAUGCAGAACUGUAGCCGAGAUGCUUGGCCAGUACAAGUCAAAAGACAAAACGGCUGCUUGCAAGUUACCGUAGAUGAGGGCCUUUAGCAAGCAAGACUAGAUUCUGAAUUCUUUUUCAAAAAACUACAGUGAACCAUCUGUUGAAUUUAUGACUCUGCACAUAAAUUUGGGCCAUCUUGAUAAAUGGUCUCAUUAGAAGCAUGAAUCAAAUCUUAACUUCCUUGUGCUAUCAUGGCCAUUGGCCUAACAUUUGAAAUCACACCCCUAACAAAGCGGGGCCAUUAUGAAAUGCAGGUAAACAGUUUUCUUAUCCUGCCUAACAAAUUAAUAAAGUUUCUCAUUAUCUUUUCUCUUA